CUCUCUCUCAUUCUCUUUCUGUGAACAGUGAACGCGACACAGUCAGCUCCAGAAUGGCUACAUCUUCCUCUACCCUCACCGACCACCUCUGCUGCGCCAUCUGUACAGAGAUCUUCACUGACCCUGUGUCUCUCAGCUGCCAGCACAACUUCUGUAAGAGAUGUCUUGAAAAAAGCCUUGAGGCUGGACUCCGGCCCCGCUGCCCUGAGUGUAGAGCUCCGAUCAUGGAGAGAAACUUCCAGAUCAACAGAAUGGUUCGGAACAUGGCAGACCAGCUGAGACUGGAGCAGAGUAGACAGGAGAACACCGGAGGACAAAGAUCUACAGCUGAGAAAGAAGAUGAGUGUCCUGAGCACGGAGAAGCUAUGAAGCUGUUCUGUGUGACAGACAGGAAGCCUAUCUGCCUGGUCUGUAAGGAAGGGAGAGACCACAGAGGACACACAUUCAGACCUGUGAGAGAGGCACGGGAGGAUCUGAUGACAGAAGUGGUCUCAGCAUUGGGUAUACUGAAGGAAGACUUGAACAAAGCGCAAUAUAAAAGAGAAAGUCAACAAAGAAAGAUCUCUAAGAGAGGAGAGAAAUCCAGCCAAGUCAAGGAAAACAUCAGGACCCAGUUUGAGGAAGUAAUCAACAAGCUGAAGCAGAGAGAACAGGAGGCGAUGAGAGAGAUAGACAGGAGGGAUGGUCUUGUCAACAUCAAUAUGGAGAAAUGUCUGACUGAAAUAAAGAGACACGAGACAGAUGUGAAAAAGAGAGAGACCUCGCUUCAGUCUGGACUGGACAUCACUAACCCCAGGAAGUUCCUUCAGUGGUGGACAGAGAAGGGUCGCGCUACGUGUGAUACAAGGCAGGUUUGUCCAGACAUCUACAGUGUACCCAGGGUGCUAAGACCAAGACAAUCUGAGGGUUAUGAAGAUCCUCAUACCUUCUUGGGUUUUAUUGACUGGGAGGGCAUUGAGAAAAGCCUUGAAUGGAAAUUCUAUCAAUUAGAAAGGUCUGAUGACAAGUGUGUCCUCUCUUGAUUACAGUUCAGAAACUACUUUCACUUUGACAAAAAAUGAUGAUUCACUGAAACUCUGUAUUGCAUUCGUAUGUGAAGAUGAUUAAUAUGGUAAUUAAUAUAUUAAUAUAUAUAUAUUAAUACUCCUCUGACAUUUGGACGAUUCCAUGCCAGUGUAGCCAAAAAAAAAAUUUUUUAGUAUCUCAGAUUGUUCUUUUGUCUUGUGUUUUCUUAAUUGUCCUCUAAAUCAUCAGAGAAGAAACAGCGCCCCCCUCUGUCUCAGUAUGUGUAGCUCAUGUAUCUGAUGCUGUCUGGUCAAAAUGAGUAUGACAUGUUGUCGCAGAGCAUUCCGCCUCAGUUGAUAAUAAAAUGAUGAAAUUAUCAGCGUUGAGCUGAGCUCAACUAUGGGUGGUUCUGGUGCAGCAAGAAAACAACAAGGGAGGCCAGUAUGGAUUUGGCUUCACACCAAUCAAAUCACAUCAAAAUAAAAUAAAGAAAAUGUCCUUGCAGAAAAA